UCACCGUAUCUAAGAUGAAAUGCACAUUUUGUUUCAUCCCAGUUAUUCAACUAUAUUUUUAGUUAGAGUUCACAUUCUUAUUCCAAUCAUAUCUCUAUUUAUUUUUUGUUUCUUGUUCUGCCUUUGAACUAGGUUGAGUACAAAAUUUGAUGAAGUUAUUGUAUACCUCAUUCCUGCAUUACUUUACCUAGUCAAAAAUUUGCUCCAGUACCACACCCUUCAGCAUCUGGAUGCCCCAGGUUAAGCAAUAUGCAAUGGGUGGCUUUAAUUCAACUAUGUAUUGGGCGCGUCAUUACUCAGCUAAAAACAAAUUCUGAUGAUGUUUUCAAACUCCUGUUCAAGGUCAUGGCACUCUUAAGUGGUUUUGCAGGAGUGUACACUGAGGCUAUAAUGAAAAAGCGUCCUUCGAGAAACAUAGAUGUGCAAAACUUCUGGUUAUAUAUAUUUGGUAUGGUUUUUAAUGCUGUUGCUAUGGUGACCCAAGAUUUUGAUGUAGUGAUGAACAAGUAAUUCUAGUCUCUCUCUUUUUUUGGAUGCAGUGAUGAACAAGUAAUUCUAGUCUCUGUUUCUGAUUCUUCUCUUACAAUCAGUUUAUCCUCUCCAUUUUCCCCAUGUGAAGUCAUUAUUUAAAAGAUUCUUUACUACCUUUGAGUUUGUUUGAGAUCUGCUUAUUUUUGUUGAAACUGAAAACUUUUUGUUGAAAAUAUUGUAGAUAAAGAUAAAAAUUAGUUGAAA